AUGGUGGGCAGCGUGUGGGCAGCGCUGGGGCUCUCCCUGACCUGCAUCUCGGGCCUCAGCCUCGUGUCCCCGGCCUGGUUCCGGACCCCCGGCUUCUCCUUCGGCGUCCUCACCUACUGCGCCUGGUCCCCGGGCGCCGACUGGAACCAGACCUGCGGGGCCUUCUGGUCCCUGGAGGAGAUGCCCGACUUUUCCUGGAAGGUGGCCGCUGCGAGUCUCCUGGGGGGCUGGCUGCUGUUGGUCUUCAACGCGCUUCUGCUCCUGGCCUGGGCGCUGGCCCCCAAAGGGCUGUGUCCGAGGAGGGGCAGCAGCCUGACGCCAGGCAUGCAGGCAGCCGCAGCCACUGCCACUGUGGUGGGCCUUCUGGUCUUCCCUGUCAGCCUGGCAUCCUCGUUUUCCAGAGAUGCCUGUGGAAACUCCUCCAUCUACUGCAGUGGGCAGUGCCAGCUGGGCUGGGGCUAUGUGACUGCAAUCCUCAACGCAGUCCUGGCCAGCCUCCUCUCCAUGGUCUGGAAGCCCCGGGAGACCACGGUCCAGAGGAGGACCAUCCUCUUUUCUAGUGACACAGAGAAGAUCUUCCUCGUGCCAGACUUGCGCAAAUAA